CCGCUCCCCGAGAGGCCGCUCGGCUCCGCUCGGCUCCGCUCCGCUCGCCGCCGCCGCUCACCGCCCGGGAGCCGCAGCUGCCCGCGCCCGCCGCCCGCUCCGGCCCGGGGGAGCCGCUGCGAGCGCGGCUGCCGAGGUGAAAGGGACUUGAGAGCCGAGCGGGAAGGUGGAUUAUCUCUGCAAGGAUGAGCGGGCGUUGCUAGAGAUGAUCUGUGGUUCGGUCCAGCUGGAGCUGUCUGAAUGAAGCUAUGGGCUGUGCCUCCGCCAAGCAUGUGUCUACUGUUCAAAAUGAAGAGGAAACUCAGAAGGGCAAGAACUACCAGAACGGAGAUGUGUUUGGGGAUGAGUAUAGGAUCAAACCAGUGGAAGAGGUCAAAUACAUGAAAAAUGGGGGAGAAGAUGAUCAGAAAAUAGCAGCCAGGAACCAAGAAAACUUGGAAAAAAGUGCCAGUUCAAACUCAAGACUUAAAUCCAAUAAAGAGAUCCCAGGAUUAGUACAUCAACCCAGAGCAAACAUGCACAUCUCUGAAAGCCAACAAGAAUUCUUCAGAAUGCUUGAUGAAAAAAUUGAAAAGGGUCGUGACUACUGUUCAGAGGAGGAGGAGGAUGUCACAUAGUGCCAGCUCUGCGCUCGCCCCGGGAGCACCUCCAGUGUAAAUAGAUCCAACCCAGCCUUCUGGAUACAACCUUUGGGACGUCUCCUCGAGUGAACAGCACUCCAUAACAGAAGAAGACCAUUUCCACAUUAUAUGCUCCAUUCAGUUACAGUGUUUCCUAAUGAACACGUGAGGAAUAUUGCUAAGAACUCGUAAGGAACUGUUUUCGUUGCUGCUAGUUAAAACUUGUUGCAACUUCUCACUUUUUUCUGUGUCCAGAUAUGCAGCAAAUCCUUAAAAGUUAAUCCAAAAGACGUUGUUGAUUUUCUUGAGGCUUCUGGCCUGUUUUCUAUCAGAUGAGGUAGUGUUAUACCAAGCUUCCAUAAGUGAACAUCCAAGCAUCUAAGAAACACCCCUGAGCUGUGUGUCCGUCCGUGCUGGGGCCGGAGUGCUUGUUAGUGCUGGUGAUUCCAAGCUUUGGAGAUGGGAUGUUUUUGCCAUGGCAGGCCUUGUUUCUCAGCUGAGAAGAAGCUGAGAAACUGUUAUCCAUUAAAAGCAUGUUAUCACUGAAAUACUGGAAGUGAUACAAGAGCAGGAACUUGUAAUUUAAGAGGAAAAAAGUUUCAUUUAAAAGGUAUCUUAAUCAAGGACUAAGCUUGCAGUAUUGGCUUUGCUGAGCACGAAUGGGAGUGUGAUCACAAUCAUUUUGAAUCUCUUUUUUUCUAAGAAAAUAAACAUUUUACUGUUUUUAUGUAUUCUUGUCUUUUACCAUUCCUACAACAUGAUGUUUUAAGAGUCUGGGGACAAGGAAGACCAAACCUCUCCUCCGCCUUGAUGUGUCCCGUGGAUCUGAUCUCUUAAAGCAGCUCUGUGCCAACUGGGGGGAUGUGUUGUGUGUCCUGUAGAGUUUAUUUUUCCAUAUUAAAUGGAGAGGAUAUUACCUUCUCAAAAGCAGAUGUAAUAUUUUUAACAAAUGCUGUCAUGAGUUAAAAAAAAAAGGAAAAAA